AUGGUCAGCUCCUGUUGUGGCUCUGUCUGCUCUGAGCAGGGCUGUGGCCAAGGCACCGGCCAGGAGAGCUGCUGCCAGCCCAGCUGCUGCCAGACCACCUGCUGCAGGACCACCUGCAGCCGCCCAGUCUGUUGUCAGACUAUCUGCGGUCCUCCCAGCUGCAGUGUGUCCAGCUGUUGCCGUCCCAGUUGCUGUGGUUCUAGUUGUUGCCGCCCCACCUGCUGCCAGACCACCUGCCGCCCCAGCUGUGGAGCGUCCAGCUGCUGUCGCCCAGUCUGCUGCCAGACCACCUGCCGCCCCAGCUGUGGAGCGUCCAGCUGCUGUCGCCCAGUCUGCUGCCAGACCACCUGCCGCCCCAGCUGUGGAGCGUCCAGCUGCUGCCGCCCCGUGUGUUGUCAGACCACCUGCCGCCCCAGCUGUGGAGUGUCCAGCUGCUGCCGCCCCGUGUGCUGUCAGACCACCUGCUGCCAUACAACUUGCCGCCGCCCUAGCUGCUGUGGCCCCUCUUGUUGA